AUGUCCGCCUCGCAGACUGGUGCUGGAUUUCGAAUUCGAGGUCCUUCAUUUUUUGGAUGGAUUCCAAUCGUUUGGGCAGCUCUCAAGCUCAAAGAGGCCCAUGAAUGUGAGCCCAAGUCGUUUGCUAGCGAUGAGGAGGGUGCUGCUGUUGCUGCUGCAGACCACCUUCCGUCGUAUACAGAUGACGACAACGAAGAAGCAGUUAGUCUACUCAACACUGAAGAUGCCGCAACCCGCAGAAUGAAGCACAAACGACCUAAAGCGUGUUGCAUGUGCUGUGGUUUGAAUUGCUCGCUGUUCUGGAAGGCACUCGGAAUUGUCUUCACAGGCUUUGGGCUAUUUUACACCAUCCAGUUGAUCAAAUGGGCUGUUGCUCCUGCUCCUACCGGUCUUGAAAACAUGCCAGCAUACAGCAGUUCCCUUGGAUGUCUUACUGCUCCAUAUGUCUUCGAAGGCGGCAAAACCACAGUCCAGGUUCCAGUCGGCGACAAGUUUGAACAUUCCAUCGACAUUCAUGGCGGUGCUGUCGGAACAAUUGUACUCGCUGAAGGUACCGCAGACUCGGCUGACGUUUCUUAUCAAGUUACUAUGAGAACCGACAAUGAGUCGUUGCUCAAACACGUGUCCCUUGCGUAUCCUACCGAGCAGAUGAAGAACAGUCGUCUCUUAGUCUCUACGCCGCGGCUGGAGGAAUCAUCUUGCAUGCGUUUUGAUAUCAUUAUGCACAUCCCUCCCAACUUGAAGAAAUUGCAUGUGGCCUCGCACACUUUGACUCACGUCCAAUUCGACCCGGAUUCUCAAGUCGACCUGGAUAGCGUCUUCGUUACUUUGUAUGCCACGAAGCGUAACAACCUGAUUUUACCUCAUGAACGUUUCUUGGCGGAUGCAUUGAUACUUGAAGUUUAUCGCGGAUGGAUCGUCGGUGACGCUGCUGUCGUCAAUAGGACCUCUAUUGUGACGCAACGAGGCGAUGGCGUCGCAAAUGUUAGGGUUCAUCCAGUCUCGUCAACUUUCCCCGCAUCGUUCGACACUGUGACCGGGGCUGGUCGCACAGAUGUAUCUUAUAUCGAAAGCCCUUCAUCUUCUCACAGGCCCAUUCGUAGCGACCACACUUCGUCGAUGAACGGAGAUAUCUAUCUGAGCUAUCGUGACGCCAGAUUUUCCGGUUUGGUUGCGCUCCAUUCCGGUUCGUACAGUGCUACAGGUUUACAGUCUGCAACAGAGCUACCUGGUUCUCGUGAUGGAAAAUCCGGAAAAGCCUGGACCCACUAUGUCGGGGAUCAGGAUGGCGGGGAUGAGAUUUUGGUGAAUUCUCGAGGGUGGACAGGCCUUUAUUUCUGA